AUGGGCAGUACUGUAGAACAAAAGCCUCAUGCUGUGUGCAUGCCACUUCCUGCUCAAGGACACAUCCAUGGGAUGCUGAAACUUGCCAAGCUACUCCACUUCAAAGGCUUCCACAUCACCUUCGUGCACACAGAAUUCAACUACAACCGCAUCAUCACCAGCGACCAAGUUUCAGCACUCGAGGGCCUGGAAGACUUCAGAUUCGAGGUCAUCCCCGAUGACCUACCCCUAUCAGGUUCCCCGGAUGCUGUUGCUUUAUGCCUUGCUGUUCGAGACAAUUUGAGAGCUCCGUUUCGUGAGCUCUUGAAGAGGCUCAAUGAACCUUCUUCAGGAGUGCCUCCACUUACCUGCGUUGUCUCUGAUAAUUGUGCCAGCUUCACUCUUGAAAGUACAGCAGAGUUUAGGAUUCCGAACAUAUUCUUUUGCUCGGCCAGCGCUUGUGGUUUCCUCGGCACCAUCCACUAUAAGGAGCUUGAAGAAAGAGGAAUUGUACCGCUAAAAAGCAAAAACGAUCUCAUCAAUGGGUAUCUCAACACUCCAAUUGACUGGAUACCCGGGAUGAAGAACAUAAGGUUGAAAAAUCUUCCAAGUUUUCUACAAACAACCGAUCCCAAUGACAUCAUCUUUAACUACCUCAAAAAUGAAAGCCAAGCGGCUAAGCAAGCCACUGCAAUCAUUAUAAACACCUUGGAUGAUUUGGAAGACUCGGUUCUUGAAGCAAUGUCAUCAAUCCUUCCACCAAUCUACACUGUAGGCCCCCUAACCUUGCUAUGUCAUCAAAUUACUGACAAAUCAAUGAAAGCAAUUGGGUCCAAUAACCUGUGGAAGGAGGAUGCAGGUUGUUUGGAGUGGUUAGAUGGGAGAGCACCCAAGUCAGUAGUAUAUGUAAAUUUUGGGAGUUUAGCAGUAAUGACGAACCAGCAACUUGUAGAGUUUGCUUGGGGGUUGUCAAAUAGUGGUCAGGAUUUCCUAUGGGUGAUCAGGCCUGAUGUUGUGAUGGGUGGCUCUGCUAGUCUACCAAAAGAGUUUUUUGAAGAGACAAAGGAAAGAGGUUUGCUUGCUACAUGGUGCCCACAGGAGGAAGUGCUGAUGCACUCUGCAGUUGGAGGAUUCUUGACGCACUGUGGAUGGAACUCGAUGAUGGAGAGCAUAAGUGCAGGUGUGCCAGUAAUAUGCUGGCCAUACUUUGGCGACCAACAAACAAAUUGUUGGCAUGCUUGCACCAAAUGGGGCAUAGGAAUGGAGAUCGAUAAUGACGUAAAAAGAGAGGACGUGGAGGGACUGGUAAGAAAGCUGAUGAGGGGUGAGAAAGCGAAGGAGAUGAAGAGACAAGCAUGGCUAUGGAAAGAAGCAGCUUACGAGGCAACUAAACCAGGUGGGAAGUCUUCAAUCAAUUUGGAUAGAGUAGUUAAGGAGGUCCUCCUUGGAAAGGUUUGACGAUUCAACGCAUAAGGUUCUCUUCUUGAAAAAAUAUACUCGAGCCUCAACUUUCCUGGAGAUACUAUAGUUCAAAGUUUGGAAAUUAAAAGAAUAAGUUGUUCUAUAGAUUUCUCCUAUUCCUCUGCAAUGCUGGUAUCCUUUCAAAGUUUUAUGUAUUUUAUUUUGUUAUGUAUCAUAGUCGGUUAGGAUAUUUUAAAUAAGCAUGUCAUUUUCUUAUCUGUUUUAUGCCUGGUUAAUGAAAAAGAUCAUGAACCCAUUUUCUCUUAACAAAAUAAAAGGACUCUCUUUCGGUCAAACACCAAAGAUUAUACUGUUUGGUAGUGAGAUUUAACCUAGUGUUGGAGAGUAGGCGUUAAAAUGGUUUAAGUCUACUGCUUUUUUAUAAUUCUUUCAAGUAGAUGACUUCCUACUACUCAGAAACUAGAAUGUCGUGAAACGUGCCGAACCACUUCAUGCAGAAACUAAAAAUUGUGGAUUGUGAACUGACCAUGUAUAUAAUAUAAUACUAGUAGAAAAUCAUGUAUUCUAGACGGAAUAUUCUAGACGGAAUUUUUUCCGUCUCGAAU